AUGUUUCCUUACUACGAACAAGACUGGAGCGUUUUGCCAACAGAAAAUAACCGUCGAUUUAAUCCAGCCUUUAAUAUGGCCACCAUACGACAAGCUUUCUCAGAGGCUGUGGAACGCGUGAGGAUGCCUACACCUACACGUUUAAGAGAUCUCAUCAGACAGAUACGUGCCGCACGAACGGCUGCAGAAGAGCGUGCUGUGGUUAAUAAAGAAUGCGCCUACAUACGUACCACGUUUCGUGAAGAGGAUCCAGUUUGGAGGUGUCGUAAUAUAGCAAAAUUACUGUACAUACAUAUGUUGGGUUAUCCGGCACAUUUCGGUCAAUUGGAAUGUCUGAAGCUAACAGCUAGUAAUCGUUUCACGGACAAGCGUAUCGGUUACCUUGGAGCCAUGCUAUUGCUGGAUGAACGUCAGGAUGUUCAUUUGCUUAUAACAAAUUGUUUGAAAAAUGACUUAAAUAGUUCAACACAAUUUGUUGUGGGUUUGGCUUUAUGUACGUUGGGUGCCAUUGCCUCACCGGAAAUGGCGCGUGAUUUAGCCAGCGAGGUGGAACGUCUCAUGAAAUCACCGAACACGUAUAUACGUAAAAAAGCAAUUUUAUGCGCUUUUCGUGUUAUACGUCGUGUACCCGAAUUAAUGGAAAUUUUCUUACCAGCCACUCGUUCUUUGCUUAGCGAAAAGAAUCACGGUAUUUUGAUAACCGGCGUCACUUUGAUAACGGAAAUGUGUGAGAACAGCAGCGACACGUUAAUGCAUUUUAAAAAGGAUAGCGGAAACCGAGAGAUUGUGCCAAAUUUGGUGCGUAUUUUAAAAAAUCUUAUAUUGGGUGGCUACUCGCCGGAACAUGAUGUUAGUGGUGUCAGCGAUCCAUUUCUGCAAGUAAAAAUUCUACGUCUGUUACGCAUUUUGGGCCAUAACGAUAGUGACGCAUCAGAAGCCAUGAAUGAUAUAUUAGCUCAGGUGGCUACAAAUACGGAAACAAGUAAAAAUGUCGGCAAUACGAUACUAUAUGAGACUGUUUUGUCCAUUAUGGAUAUAAGAUCUGAGGGUGGGUUACGCGUUUUGGCCGUUAAUAUAUUGGGUCGUUUCUUGUUGAAUUCUGAUAAAAAUAUACGUUACGUGGCGUUAAAUACUUUGUUGCGUACCGUGCAUGCCGAUACAUCAGCUGUUCAAAGACAUCGCACGACAAUUUUGGAGUGCCUCAAAGAUCCCGAUGUUUCGAUAAGACGUCGCGCAAUGGAAUUAUCAUUUGCUUUGAUAAAUGCCCAAAAUAUACGCACCAUGACCAAGGAGUUGUUAUUAUUCUUGGAAAAGGCUGAUCCCGAAUUUAAAGCUCAAUGCAGUUCGGGCAUGAUAUUGGCUGCCGAACGUUAUUCACCAAAUACCAGGUGGCAUUUAGAUACACAGCUAAGUGUUUUAAUAGCGGCGGGUAAUUACGUGCGCGAUGAUGUAGUAUCUUCGACAAUACAACUGGUAUCAAGUAGUCCUGCCUUAGAACAAACUUAUAUAACAAAUCGUUUCUGGGAGUCGUUACAAGUCGCUAAUCAUUGUGAAGACAAACAGCCACUACUCCAAGUAGCUGUCUGGGCUAUUGGUGAAUACGGUGAUAUGUUUAUGUACGGGCCUAAUGAAGAUGAAUUUGAACGUCCGACAGAAAGCGAAUUAAUCGCUAUGUAUCAUAAAUUUUUAACUUCUGCUCAAGUCUCAAUAACCAGCAAGCAAUAUGCUUUAGUGUCAUUAGCCAAGCUAAGCACUAGGCUGCAAAGUUGUGUUGAAGAAGUGCAAGCCUUGAUUACCUCAUUUGGCAGUCAUUUGAAUGUAGAUUUACAGCAAAGAGGCCUAGAAUUCUCACAACUCUUUGGCACUUUUAAACAUUUGCGUCCUGCUCUUCUAGAAAAAAUGCCAGCCAUGCAAGUCAGUCGUUUAUCAUCGCAGAAUGGUGAAAGUAGCGGCUCCUAUGACGACAAUAGCCCGGAUCUUAUAGAAAAUGGUUUAAAUGAUGAACAAAUUGCUAAUGAAAGUAAUAUGAACACCAUGAGUGAAAAUACGAAUAUACUUUUGGAUCUCUUGGGCGGCACGGAUUUAGCGGCUACCACUCCGUCAACUCAGGUGCAAAAGAACAAUACGCUCAACGCUAAUGAUAAUCCUACCAAUAAUCAAGACUUCCUCGAUUUACUGGGUUUGGAUAUGUCCGCAAUAACAACAACAACUACGGCCAAUGUCAUCUCAAAUAGUCUCGCGGGUAAUAUGAAUAAUAUACUAGUUGGCAUGGGCAGUGGUAGUAGUACGGGAGGCGGAAUUGAUGGCGUCGGUCUGGGUGACUUAAAUAAUAUUUUAACAAACGCUGCUGUGCCUAACGCAUCGACAAACGGUAAUGAUUUGUCCAGCAUUAUGGCUGCCACUAAUCUGAUAUCACCAGCAGCAAUACCUCUGGAUACAUGCCACUUAAAUGAUCCUUUGACUACGACAGUAGCUUCGAAUAGUAUUGUUGUGCCUCAAGGACCCAAAUUGACGGCUUUAAAUCAAAACGGCGUACUCGUGCAUCUAGUGCCAGUUCGAACUCAAGACGGUAUGCAAAUUUUUAUGACCGCUACAAAUAGCUCAUCUAGUAUAGUGGAACGAUUUGUUUUUCAGGCGGCAGUUCCUAGAAGUUUUACACUCCAAAUGCUACCACCGUCUAGUCCUGUAUUGCCACCAAGUGGUGUAAUCACACAGGAAAUGCGUGUCGCUAGUACGUCCAAUGCUGUUUUACGCAUGCGUUUACGCAUAUCAUACGUUAUGGAUGGUGUUAAUGUACAAGAACAGACCGAAAUCAGUGGUUUCCCCGAUGCAACACCCGAAUAGAACUAGCCCUCUCGAACUCUACUUCUCAUACACACCGUCACUGCAUCAAUAAGUUGAAUCAAUAAAAUGAGAAAAGUUGAAAAGGUGAAUACAUUAAAAAACAGUAUGAUAGAAUAGAAAAGCAUAUGAAAAGUAAUCAAAUACCCUCAUCAUCGUCAUCACCGUCAUCAUGAUCAUCAUCAUCAUCAUCAUCAUCAUCAUCAUCAUCAUCAUCAUUAUGAUCGCAUAUAAAAAAUUUAUAACAAACAAAUCAUUCACAUCGUAUACCACAUACGUAUAAGGUAAAUACAUUCAUAUACAAAACUAAAACUGAAACUGAAAUACAACAGAAGCUCUUAACAAAGAGGAAUGAAAAGCGAAACGGAAAACACAAGAAUUCCAGCAACUUCAAAUACAACUCCCUCCCUAACGUGUUAAAAAUAAUUUCAAGCAAACAAAAAAAAAAAAAAAAAAAAAA